AUCACGUAGGCUAAUAUUAAUGUUUUCAAUACUAUCAUAUUCAUGUGACACUGCUCUGGCGCGUAUCGAACUUGUGAUAUAGACAAUAGAUCUAGAUCUAUGCUCUAGAUGCGUUUGUGAGAUUAAGCAAAUUGGAAGUCCUAUCAUUAUCAUUGACAUAAGGCUGUGAAAUCAUCCUUGCAAAAUGUCUCACUUGGGUCUUCUGCCUAUUUCACUGGUGCUGUUGGCUAUGAUCACAAUAGGUGUGUCUUAUAUUAUUGCUGUGAUCCGAAAUGAUGUUAGUGCAGCUUUUCCAUAUAUUAGUGACACAGGUUCUGAGAGACCAGAGAGUUGUAUAUUUGGGCAGUUUUUAAAUAUAGCAGCUUUCUUAGCAUUUUGCACCAUGUAUGUCCGUUACAAAGCUGUAGAGGCCAUAGCCCAUGGUUCUGAAGAUGAUCCAAAGCUGUGCAGGCUAAACAAAUGUGCCACCUUUUUUGGGAUGGUAGCAGCUUUAGGUGUCUCCAUGGUUGCCAAUUUUCAAGAAGGCACCAAUGUUGAAAUAGUGCAUAUUAUAGGAGCCGGCCUAACCUUUGUGCCAGGUGUGUUGUAUUGUUUAGUACAAACAGCCUUAUCCUACCACAUGUUCCCCUCCUACAACGGCUCCUACAUUUGUAGAAUACGCCUUGCUCUGAGCGUUGUUUCUUUGCUUAGUCUUAUUCUUACAAUAGUAGCAGCAGUAUUUGCCAUACAUGAAUGGAACUCAAAAGAACACACUCCUGACAAAUUCAAAUGGGCACCUGAUGAUCCAGGUUAUGCCGCCCACAUUGUGAGCACCUCCGGUGAGUGGGUCACAGCCUUCACCUUUUUGUCCUUCUUCUUCACCUAUGUGCAAGAGUUCAACAAAUUUGAACUAGAGAUACGAACCCGCCCCCUUGUUAGACACCUGGAUGAGCGUGUUGAAACUCGUAACAGAGGGGAAAUCAAUGAGAGAACUAAGCUGUUGGACCCCCACAUUUGAGGCUGGGAGUAGGAGGAUAAUUUGUAUGUUCAGUGAUUCAGUUCUAGCCAAAUUUCACACAACAGUUCCAUAUUAAAUUAUCUGAGGACAAAUUUUCCAGACAAAUUAUUUCAAAACAAUUAAUAUCUUCCUUAAUGCUGUAGUUAUUUUUUGUCCAUAUCUUUUGUCCUGAGAUCUUUUGUCCACAGAUAUUUUGUCUCUUGAGAUCAUUUGUCAAUGAUGCAGAUAUUUUGUCUGGGACAUUUUGUCAGAGAUCAUUUUAUCCUGCCACCCACAGAACACUUUAUUUUAAUACCAUUGAACCAGGCAGUGAUAGGUCAUUACAUAAAUAUUUUUUUAGCUAACACAUGCAACUGCAUUUAUGUCAUCUUUUUAUAUUUUACAGUCUGUUCCUUAUGUACUUUAUUAGAUGCUAUAGAUAACUCAUUUGUAAACUUUUAAAAAUCAUUAUUUAAACACCAUGAAACAAAAACAUGAAAUGAUGUUGAAACCUUAGAUUUUUUUUUCAAAAUAAACAAAAACAAAUCUAACAGUUCACACCUUUUUUAUUUUCAAAAAUUAGAUAAGACAAAAUAGAGUAGGGCUAAUUUUGUAGGCUACUUACAAAGAUGAAACAAGAUACAUAUUUUAACACAAUUUUUUUCUAUUUUCACUAUCAAAGACUGUCAGUUUCUAAUUUAAUAUUUUUACCAUGAUUACAAUACUUCCUCUAUACUCUGUUCACAAAAAAGUAACUCAUUCAGGUCAAAAAUUGACAAUAUUAAAACAUUUAUUGUCACUAUCUUAUUAGACAUUCCAUUUGUAAAAUAUUUUUGGGUCUAAAGCUUUUACAGUUUUGUGUAUUUUAAUACGUUUGUUAUUAUCUGAAACAUUUUAGAAUACAAGACAAAGCACUAACAGUAAUACACACAUGCAUGUGUUACUUAACUCUUAAUUUUACUAAACUUAAGCAUUUAUAGAAUUUUUCUGUCACAAUAGUUUAACUUCUGUAUCUGUGUUUAGCAAUUUCAAACUAUGUUGUUAAUUUUUUUUAAAUUUAAGUUAAGAAUUGUAUCACAUUUACCAUGUUGACACUUAUGUUGAAUGUCUGCUUUUAUUGAUUUGUCUCCCUUGCAAUUGAACAAUGCAUGAGUUUAUCUCCCCAUCUUUUCAAAAUAUUGUGAAUGACACUUGAAAUUUCAUACAAAUUUUACUACUUAUUUUUAUCUUCUAAUUUUUUGCCUGUUAUUUAUUUUGACACAUUUCGUUACUUAUUUUAAAUGUUAUAAACCAAAAUACAUAAUUACAUAUUGUAAAAAAAUAAAACUAUUGUAUUUGUUUGAAACUGUUGUUAAAUUAGUCAACUGAAAGUUUUUAAAAAUUAGAAUGAGAAUUUUUACAUUAUUUUGAUUCGGAUUUUCUUUAAUCUAUAUUCAGCCUUGAAAAAAAUCAUUUUCAUACCCCAUCUUCCUUAAUCCUGUGAAACUCCAUGAGUAGCAUUGGGCUGUGACUACUCUCUUGAACUGACUUGAUUUAGCUAUCUUUAGCUGGGGCCAUGUAAGCCACACAACCCUUGCUUCAUUUUCAUCAGUCCUACUCCAGGAUUGUCUAAGUCUACCUACUUUUCUUUUUCCCUGUAGGUUCCAGUCUAGUAUUGUCAUGUUCAAGUUCAAAUGUUUUUAGUUGUUUAUUUUAAUUAUACAUAUGUUGAUGGUUUUUUGGUUAACCUAAAAGAUCUUGUUUUUUUUUCUAAUAAUUUUAUGAAGCUUAUUAUUCAAGUUUUUGUUUUUAGUACUUAAUGUUGGAAUUAAAUAAUGAUUAGAGAUAUUAUAAAUAAUAAAUAUAUGUUUAAAUAAAAAAUUAUACAAAGCUCAGCCAAUAAGAAAGCAAAGAUGCAUGUGCCACAGGCUAAUAUUUUAUAGUUUUAUUAUCUAGAUCACUUGUAAAUGCUUGAUAUCAUUAGUUUAAAAGCUUUUUCAUAUUUUAACCCCACAGCCUGCUUUGUAAGGUAAAAUAUGCUAUUCAGUUAUUUUUUUUUAUUAGUGUUCAGUUUCUUUUAAACUUAUUUUCAUGAAACCGUGAAAUUGUAUUAUUUUGUUUUUUAAACACUAGGGUAUUGUUCUUAGAUAUGUAAGUACUUUUUUUAAUAAUCCUAUAAUAUGUAAAUUAAAGAAAACUGUGUUUCUAUCUCAUAAAUUAUGUCCAUUAUAAAUAAUUAAAAUGUUUUAAACUGUUGAUCAAAAGUAAAUUUUAUUUCUGCAAUUUUGUAUGUGACAUUCUACUUUUUAUUUUGCAGUAGUUUAAGUCAUAAUGAUGUACAGGUAAUUGGCUUAUAAUUCACAUGUGUUUUGUGUAUUGAUUUGAUGCAUGAAGUGAUUUUACAUUCGGAUUUAGUUUUUGCUAAUAUACUGAUGACUAUUACUUCUUUACCAAAAUGCCAUGCUAAAUGUGAUAAUUUCAGCAUAGUUAAACAAGGAUUUAUUUUAUACGGGAUCCUCAGUACUGGUAAGGGUAUUUAAAUAAUUUUGAAAAUUGUACACUCGUAAAAUAUAGAUGUGACAAAGAAAAUGUUGAUGUUUCCCAUUAACAUUUAACAGGUGAUUAAAGUGUGUGUAUAAAAAUGUGUAGUCUUAAUUGUUUUUUUUUGUUUAUGGUAAUAUAAUAAUGUGAACAAUUUGCUAUGUCUGUUGUUUUUUUUAACUUAUUAAAACUGUUUUAAAGUAAGGUUGUUUUAUUUUGUAGAUGAGCCUUAGGAAUAUCUAGAUUGUACUUGCAUCAUUUUCAAUGUUACUUUAUCCCUGAUAUGCCUAGGAAUUAAUCAUCAAUCUAAGUAAUCAUAGUUGCCUUUGAAAAAAAAAAUGUUCACAUUUAAAUGACUAGACUGAGUAGUAUGCUUAAUUAAGACUGUGAGACAUCACAGGGUCCACACAGUGAGUGGAUACCUGGAAAUAGUUGGGAGAAUAAAGGUGGGGGGGGGGGCACAGUGUUGACCACACAAUCUCCAUAAUAUACUAUAGGGUGUAAAAGUACUAUUUAAAGAUUUUAACUUCAGGAACCAACAAUAAAUAACACCCAAAACAGCAUUUGUUUUCUUUUUCUAGAAA